AUGCACCACCUCACCCCCUUCCUCCCCUCCGCCUCCUCCUUCCUCCCCUCCUCCCCCGCCUCCUUCCUCUCCUCCCGCCUCACCUCGUUCCGCCCGCACCACCACCGCCGCGCCGCCGCCCGCACCACUAGCAAGCGCGGCGCCGCCGGCCACCCUUCCACCCCGACCUCGACCUCAACCCGCCUCCUCGACCCCGCCGUCGCGCACCCCGUCGCCACGAGCGAAGACUACGAGAACCUGCGCACGAGGCUGUCCCUCGAGAAGAGCGACGGCAGCGAGAAGCGGCAGCAGCAGUAUGGUCGUGGCGGCGCUGCUGCUGCCGAAUGGCUGUCUGGCGAGGAGGUCGUCAUGGGCGUCGAGGAUGCGGUUGCGGCUAGGCGGCCGGGCAGCAGCAGCGGCCGCGCGGCGCAGAGGGACAUGUGGGGGUUGGCGAGGGGGGCGUGGAGGUUCGCGAGGGGUGGUGGUGAUGCAGGGCACGCGGCUGUGGCGGCGGCGGCGCAGAAGAGCGUGGAGGAUGUCAGUGGUAGGGCGGGUACUGGUGGUGCGGGUGGUGAUGAGUGGGAGGUUGUGGAGGUGGGGGAUGUGCAGGGGAUGGAGAUGGGGAUGGGGAUGGAGAUGGGUCCGGCGGGGGGUGUGGGGAAAGCUGGUGGGAGGGAGAGGGUGAGGGCGGUUUGGGUUUGA